ACGUCAGGCUGGAGUUUGGAGUAGAAAGCCAAGUGGAUGAAGGAAGUGGAGAUCUCCACCCUCCAGCCUCCAGCCUCCCCCGUGACACUUCUCAUAAAUAUUACCGAGGCUUAUUUGGGGGGAACUCGCACCACAAAGUCACAUCGUGUCUUGGUUUUAAAAGCUCUCAUCUGCCUCAGUAUCCGAAUACUGUUGCUUUCUUUCUUUCUUUCUUUCUUUCUUUUUUGGUUUUUCCUUCCUGCUGGUGCACAGUUUAUCACUGAAGUCAGAGACGCGCCGGGCAAAGCUUCUCCAACUCUGAACUUUACGCACCGAGCAGGAGCUCUGCUGCCGCCGCCGCUGAUCAGUCUCUGUCCUGGAGCUGCGGUCCGCGUCACUCCGCGAUCACUGUGGGCUACAAUGAGCCAUCGAGUGUCUUGACGCGGAGUCAUCGAGCGGAGAUUUACGCUUGUCAAGUUGAGCAGCUCGGGGGAUUUGAUUUUGGUAAAAAGAGAACAUAGAGAGAGGAUUGUUUUUUUUGUCUUUCUUUCUGAACUGUAUCAUAAAGUCGAACAUCCAUGAUGAGCAAACCCGCCGGUUCAACAAGUGGCUGUUUGGAUAUUCUGAACGUCAAAUCAAGUCGGAUUCUGGACAUCCCAUGCAAAGUGUGCGGUGACCGCAGCUCAGGGAAGCACUACGGCGUUUACGCCUGUGACGGCUGCUCGGGAUUCUUCAAGAGGAGCAUCCGCAGGAACAGAACUUACGUCUGUAAAUCUGGCUCUCAGGGCGGUUGUCCCGUGGACAAAACUCACAGAAACCAGUGCCGAGCGUGCCGUUUGAAGAAGUGUCUAGAAGUGAAUAUGAAUAAAGACGCCGUUCAGCACGAGAGGGGCCCCCGGACCUCCACCAUCCGCAAACAGGUCGCCCUGUAUUUCCGGGGCCACAAAGAGGUGAACGGAUCAUCGACGCAUUUCUCUGGAGGCUCUCUGCCCGGCCCUCCCUUCUUCACCACGGUCACUCAGCUAGAGCCACACAACCUGGAGAUGAGCGCGGUGGCCACCACACCUGAGAGACAGGCCAUCGUGGGUCUGGCACAGCCCACCCCGAAGUAUCCCCACGAGGUCAGUGGCACUCCAAUGUUCCUCUACGAGAUGGCGACAGAGUCAGUGUGCGAGUCGGCGGCGCGCCUCCUGUUCAUGAGCAUCAAGUGGGCAAAAAGUGUCCCUGCAUUCUCCACGCUGCCUUUAUCUGAUCAGUUGAUUCUCCUUGAGGACGCCUGGAGGGAGUUAUUUGUUCUGGGCAUCGCGCAGUGGGCCAUUCCCGUGGACUCAACCACUCUUCUGGCUGUCUCUGGAAUGAACACUGACAACACAGAGACUCAGCGGAUGAAUAAAAUCAUCUCUGAGAUCCAGGCUCUUCAGGAGGUGGUGACCAGGUUCAGACAGAUGCGGCUUGACGCGACAGAGUUUGCCUGUUUAAAAUGUAUCGUGACAUUUAAAGCUGUUCCCACGCACGGCAACACUGAGCUGCGGAGUUUCCGCAACGCCAGCGCCAUCGCUGCUCUCCAGGACGAGGCGCAGCUCACUCUCAACAGUUACAUCCACACCAGGUACCCGACUCAGCCGUGUCGCUUCGGCAAGCUGCUCCUGCUCCUGCCGGCUCUGCGCUCCGUCAACCCGUCCACCAUAGAGGAGGUGUUCUUCAAGAAGACCAUCGGAAACGUGCCCAUCACCAGACUCCUCUCUGACAUGUACAAGUCCAGCGAUAUAUGAGUUUUCACCAGUGUGCUCGGAGCGGGGGAAAAACCACAACAACAACAACAACAACGCCUGACCUGAAGGAUCCAUAAAUAAACUCACACUAAAACAGAAAGUGAUCACAGGAAGCCAAGACCCUAUAGCAGAUGUAACCAUGGGCUGAAACACAGACUGCACCACAGCCUGAAUUCACCGUGUAGCCUGUUAACAGUUGCUCUAGUUGAGGGCUAUAGCCAGUCAUUUUCAUUGACUAGAGUUGAGGACAAACAGCCUGCAGUGUUUGACUCCACCUGCUGAGCACGUCCAACAAAGACAUGUUAUAUAUAUAUAUAUUAAUACAUUUGUUUUCGAGUGUCUGUGAGACCAAUGAGCUUGAUGACCAAUUCAAUCUUUUUAUUGCUGUGUUCAAUCCCAACGGAGGAAGAAAAAAAACCGAUGUCAUGAUGCGAGUCGCUGUCCCUCGAUCUGGUGCUGAAACCAAACACACGGGGGCAACGAUGUGGAAGCAACUCAGUGAAAAUGUUGACUUAAAAAUGGGUUAUGCUCGCAUAUCCUGUGAAACUCCACGAAUCAGAAGAUGAUGUUUUUGUAUUUAAGUGGUCACUGUUCUGUUUGUGUGUCCUGGGUCGACUUUGUUAAGUUAGACACUAACACUGGAUAUUAAAAAAAAAAAGAAAAGAAAAGAAAGAAAAAAGAAUCAGCACUUGGGAAUGUUUUUGUGAUCCGUGAUGUUUUUAUUCUGCUGUAAAUACGUUAGAGUUAUAACUGUGUAGGGUUGUAACAGAGAGAAUAAAUAAAAUACACUGAAUUGAGUUGUUUUCAUAUGAUCCUGGCUUGAAGCUGCUCCACGUUAUUGCAAAUAAUAGUGUUACGCUUCAGUUUGUUUUCAUUGUAAAAGGUGAAAAAUAUCGAGAUAUUCCCAGGUCACGUUCAAAAGUGGUGAAUAAAUCCUAAUGUGAUGAAUAA